AAAACAARAGCCAAACAAAGCAAAACAAAACACGACAACACGACACGCGCACCAUCAAAGAAGCUAUUGUAUGACGGGAGGGAUUYUAGCAAGCAACCGUACCGAUGGAAAUAUAACUACAGAUUGCCUAUUUCCCCAAACUUUUGUCUCGUGCUGAUUGAUUUGUUAUUGGCAACCCGAACGAUCAGAAGGAGCAGAGCAAAACAAAGCCAAACCAGCGCUAAGCAAGCUGAGCUAAGCGUAGCAAAUAAGCACAAUGGUUAUGGGCAUGUUCAAAAGGUCGGUCGCCAAGAAGUCGUCCCCGAGUWCCCAAAGCACCGAGAAUAGUGACCAUUCCAUCAAUGACACUUCGAUUGCACGGGCCGAACAUCCAUCGGCGGCAGCGUCAGCGUCAGCGACUGCUACUGCGACAACGAAACAGCAGGUGGCUCCCUACCACAAACAGGAUCCUCCUCAGCCACCGAAGGCAUCGGUCAAUGGAAAGUCUGCCAAGACGUCGAAAACCAUAACGAUACACAGCCAAACCCACCAGAACCACAAACAGCCCGUGCCAACAACGAUCAACGGAACGUCGAGCACCGCUCUCUGGAUCGCUCGGUCAGACGCCAACGCGGUCUCUGCUAACGGUGAGAAGCACAUCCAAAGGACGAGCCAGCACACCAACAAYAGCKCGGAGAGCUAUUACGAGGAAGAAACAAUACAYGAAGAAGAUGACAACGACGAGUACGACAGCGAUUUCUUCGAGUACGUAGAGGAAGAAGGCGUUCCUUCUGCGUCGGGUCAAACCAACGCCGUUGAGGAGACGAGACUGCUGCCUCUGCCGGAGCGAAAGAUUACCAUUCGAUUCGACGAAUACGACGAAAUGCAAACGUGUUUGCACAUUAACGACUAUACAAAGAGCGAAAUCAACAAGUCUUGGUACAAGAGAGAGGACUACGACAAAAUGGUCGACCUGGCACGAAAGACGGCGUCCAAAGCGGUAAAGCGCGAAAAAGAACUGCGAGAAGAACUCGAGCGCAUGCUGGGGGAGGGGCAAAACGCCGGGUUGGGCAGCGUCGAGGAUAACGACCACCAAAAGGAGAACAGCGUACCCAGCAGCGAUACCAAGAAACCAMCCAAAAGGAAGAAACCCAUCGAGUACCGCGGCCUCGAGGCCUGGACUCCGGACGGGGCCUCCAAGGUGCGAUUUCUAAAGGAAUCCGCWAUCGAGCUGGUCUGGAACGAGCAAUCCCGUCAGUGGGAAAACGGAACCUUCGAUCCGAAGUCCAUACGGGAGGUCUACCUCCCCGUCUCCAAGGCGGCGGGGGCCUCCGCGCUCGAGCGGGGGAUCCACGACGAAGACCUCGUUAAGAAACUCAUCGAGCAGGAGCGUCUCCGGGCCAUCAAGAAACGCAACCGAACGGUCUACCGAAAAUCCAAGGCCGCCCUCAAGAAGACGGCCAAGAACACCGCGAGCGGCCUGGUCAGCGGUGUCGCCGGAACRACAAAGAUCGCCCUGAAAACCGGCAAGGUUGGAAUGAAGCUAGGAAAGCGGGGCGUCAAGGCCGGUGUGGCGACCGCGACCCUCGAUCCCCGCUUGAUGAAAGAGGCACUGAAGGUGAAGAAAAAGCGGGAGUGCGAGCGCAAGAAGAUCAUUACCCCCUCGCGUGCGGCCAACGAGCGAGAGGCCGAGGAGGAACAGCUCUCGCACCAAAGCACCGGCAAUCCGGCAUCUGGUACGUUGGCUUGUGGAUUGUGUCUAAUUUUCGUAGGAAUGUAUAUGAACAUGUCUGUGUCCAUCUUUGGAGAGUGGUUUGUACCGUACACGGGAAAAUCGAUUGUCUUCUUUUGUUCCGGCAGUUGUCGAGAGCAAACAACCGUUUGUCCUCACUAUUUUCUGGUCCGGCGUUUUCACCUCGUCUUUUUCGCUUGAACACCGUUUUUUCUCAAACAUUACAGUGGGGCCUUCUCUACGAUGCGAUCGAGAUGAUCAAUCGAACGAUAGCAUCGAUAUGCGCAGCCACGCGGAGUUGUCUGCAGCAGCUACUUCCGUUGAUUAUGGGUACGAAGAUCCUGAUCACACGGAUGAAGGAAAGAGCAUUUCACAUCGAACGCACUCCUCUGUUGUGUCUCGCAUUUCGCUCGGAACAGAGUUCUCCGAAGUAAAAACAGAGUUCUCCGAGGUCGAAGACGACAGCACCAACGAUGGGAAGAAGAAAAAAUCCAUGCUGAAUUUGCUGGGUGGUCCCGAACUCAAAUUGCUCGGCGUCGUCCCGAUUCCGGGAACCAAAAAGGUCUACAAAGAAGAAAGGCGCGAACACCGAGCGGAGAAGAGAAUCCAAAGGAUGCCCCGCCGGGCAUCGUGGGAGACCGGAGUUUCGGACGGCAAGUAUUAGUUUGUCAUGUGCUUGCUUUUUUGGGGAAUGCAGGUGCCAGGGAAUGGGAUAUGCAAGGGAAUUG